CGCAGUCGAUGUAAACAAACAGAGGCAGCGCGGCCAUUACUGGAGAAGUUGGACCUAACCUGACCAGUUUGACUUCUUCUACCAUCGAAGAAAUCAGCUCAGCAGCAGAGCCGUAGAACCGAGCCGAGAGGACAUGAAGGACCCGAACUUCAACACCUCCAACAACGUGAUGCCAGCAGGAGAGGUGAUCCUCAGCAGCCAGUUCGGUUCCGAGGAGAACCCAUUCGCGGAGUAUAUGUGGAUGGAGAACGAGGAGGAGUUCAACAGACAGGUGGAGGAGGAGUUGUGGGAGGAGGAGUUUAUCGAGCUGUGUUUCCAGGAGAUGCUGGAGGAGGAGGAGCAGAGGGAGUGGUUCAUCCCAUCCAGGGACCUCCCCUCUCUGAACAUCCACCAGCUACAGGAGCAGAUCAGUCUGCUCGUUCUGGACGCUGACGGGGACGUGCACGCCGACGCCUUCGAUCUGGACAUGGCGAUGAAGAGCAGCCUGAAUCCCAACGCGAAGGAGUUCACUCCGGGCAUCCAGAAACACGCCAUGUGAUGCCACCAGACCCCGCCCCCGAGUCUCAGUCCGCACUGUGACAUCAUCACUAAGAUGUCUGCUGUAUUUUCCAGACGCCUCUCGAACCUUCAGCCUGACGUGUUGCCAAAGUUCUGCUGUCGCCUCCCGUGUGUUCUGAGAAAAGUUGGGUUUUGUCACUUCCUGUUUGCUCCAUGUGUCUGAGGAAAACUCUGAAUGUAAAUCAGCCGACAGCGGCGUCACUGACGGCUUCUUCUUCUUUUAUUUUAGCACUUUUUUCUUCUAUAAAACCCAAAAUCUACCUGAGUGUUCUGGUUCUGUUGGCUCACCUGAAACUGACCCCUUCCUUGUGUUUGAAACCUUCUCUGCUCCCGGGUCAGUUUCACCAAGUUAGAGUCCGAUCCAAGUUUGUCCAGUCAGGGUUGAUGUGUGUGUGUUUUUCCCCCAGCAUCCUUUGCGUUUCUGCUGCUUCAUUAACUGAUGUAAACUUUUUUCUAAACGCACAGAAAGUACUGUAUAAAAAGUCAUAUAAAGUUAAAAAAUAUGUGUAAAAAAAAAAAAA